GUUACGUAACAUAAGGGCACACACAUUGCAUGUUGUACACUGUAUGUAUGAAUACGUGAUGACUUGCAUGUGGUACCACUACUUGUCUUUACAGUACGACGUAUUGAACCAUGGAGCUAUGAUUAUGAUUGAACCAACCAUGAAUCAACUAUUGAACUAUAGACAUAAUUGCAGUUAACAGUCAUAAACUCAUCAAAGUAGAGACCAUUUAUCGCCUUUAAUUCUGCCUUGUGUUGUUCUUUAUCUGGGUUGUAUAUACUACAUGGAUGUUCUUCAGUGAUUCAUCAGGAUCAAAUGAAACCAUAUUUCAUCAUCUCAACACGAAGUUGACAACCACAUGCAGUUUACCGAGCAGAACUACAUAAUACAGCAUGUCAUCUACCAAAGCCACAGCCGCAGCCCUACCCAUCGAUCGUGGCUGGGCGUGGUUUGUUCUCAUCGGCGUACAUGUUAGCUUCGUGCUUAGCAAUGGCUACCUGACGGCGCUGGGCGUAUUCUACAUUGAGUGGAAAGACUACUUCCAAACGGACGCCACAGCCACUAGUUGGCUACUUAGCUUACCCUUGCUAGUUGCUAGCCCGCUGAGUUUUUUCGUUGGUAUCCUGUCGUCGUCCGUAGGCAUACGAUGGAUUGCCAUGACGGGGGCGGCCGUGAACGGGCUUGCUACUAUUCUCGGCUCGCGUACCACUGAUAUUCGGCAACUGUACGUCUGCACAGCUUUGUCUGGUGUUGGUGCAAUCAUGAUGAUAUCUCCCGGAUCGAUUGUUAUUUCCCAUUACUUUAAGAAACGCUUUGCAUUGGCCAGUGGAAUAUCCGUCGUUGGGGUCAGUGUCGGGCAGAUGUUGUUUCCUCCUUUAAUACGCGUUCUGGUGACAAUGUACGGAUGGAGGGGCGCCAUGUUUGUCAUCGGAGCUCUUCAAAUGAAUGGAGUUGCUGCUUGCGCCCUCUUCCGGCCACUGAAGACCAGCGUGGAGGAAGACAAACCACAGGGUGAGAGGUCAGGGAACAGUAGUCCUAUGCUGAGUAGUGGUAACGAGGAUUGUGAGGAGGAAGCAGAGAACUCAUCUACCGAAACUCAGCCAGCUAAAUCUCGUAGAUGCUCCGGAUACUUGAAGGUCUUCACCAACCUGCCAGCCAUGCUGAAUCUUCUGUCCUGUUGCUUCUACGCAACGGCAGCCAUUGUCAACAUCACUCACCUGCCCGCUCGCUCCAAAGAGGCGGGCUGGUCUGACGACCAGAGUGCCAUGCUACUGCUUGUCUACGCUGUCUUUUCCGUGGUCACCAGACUAAGUAACGGUUGGUUCGUGGACCGAGGUUACGUCGGGCCAAUUCAGCUUCAGCUAGGCGCGAUUGCCGGUGCUACCCUGGCCACAUUCCUCAAUCCCGUAUCGGAUAGCUACGCCUAUUUAGUCGUGAACGCCAUACUGACGGGGUCCUGUAUUGGUAUGAGUGCACCUCUUUACAUCGUCAACAUGAGGCUCAUGGUGGGCGCGUCGGAGCUACCGGCAGCACUGAGCUUGAUUUGGGGCGUUGUGUUUUUCUUCAAUGCAUCCGGAACGGUCAUUGCAGGUAAGAUCUUUGACCUGACUGGGAACUACGUGGCUCCUUUCCUGACUGCUGGCGCCAUCUUUCUUAUUUGUUUCCUCCUGUUGGUGACUGUGGCAGUAGUGAAGAGGAGACGGGACAAGGAUCGACGCCGUCUGGAGAGAGCAGUUUGAACCACUCAUCUCCACCCUAAUCAAGUGAACGACAGUCGGAUAAAGAUUAUCCACCCAUUUAUUCCGUAAUGAAGGUUGUACGCCCUCUCGCGGCCGUCAUGUUUGAGGCAACUCUACUGCCAAAAUGUAGUCACAAGUCAUGACGUUACAGCUCACCUUUACUGGAUAAUCACUAACUUCUUAAUUUUGAUAUAUGGAAGAAUCGGCAAACCAGCGGCUUAUUUUAUAGUUAGACAUGGUUAAGCGCCCUCAAGAGCAAAAACACAGGUAACCAGAACUUCUUAUACGUGUUUGAACUUAUAGCAAAUAUGAAGAACGUAAAAUCAAGGAAUUCGCCCUGUUUUUAUCUGACAUCCCGAAGCAGGCGUCUGACUUUGUAAUUUAUUUAAGCUCAUGUGUUAUGAAAUCGUGGUAACCUUGUUCUCUACGCCAACUCAAGAACAGAUGAACUCUUGGUGUCGCCCUUAAAGUAUCAGGACCGCCUUUUGUGGCAUUAAAACUCAGUUUUGCCUUAAUUUAUUGUAUGUAUUUUUAAGUCUAACACUUCCAGCCAUAUCCGUAGAUAUUUUGGUGGUUUUUUUUUACCAUUAUUGUCUUGAAUAGGGGUAUUUUGAUACAAUUUGAUACAAAUAAAGCGUCACUUGCUAAGACCACAUAGGUGCCGACGGUGAUCGAUCACUGACCCUAUAACGAGAAACUUUCAACAAAUACAACACCUGUCGUUGUUAAGACAAUUACUCAAGAAAUAUCUGUUGUAUACGA